AUGAAGCCAUCCUCUAUUUUCACCGCCUUUAGCAUCAUUCUUGCUGCUUCCGCCGCAGCUCUACCUGGUGCAGCUAUUUCCAAUGUAGCUGUGACUAAUACCACUCUUCUCGAAGGGCCUCCUCCCGGCGAAGAUCUACCCGACGCCUGGUGUUCGAUCCACGCGCCAGGAUUCGUUUUCGACUAUCAUGUCACUAUCCGAGAGGUCGACGACGUUGGCGCAUCCUUCGUUUACAAGAAAGGGCUCGAUUGGAAAUUCAGGGUCGGUCUGGGCUGCGAUAUGGGCUGUGUUCAAUCUGCAUUCUGGGAGGCAACCCAUAAUGCAUUUGGAGCAAUGGACGUCUCCGGGUGCGACAGCGGAUGA